UUCGCGCAAUAAAGCCUCCAGAAAUUUGUCAAAUCCAGCCCUUCUGCUCGGUGCUAGUUAUUCUCUCUCUCUCUCUCCCUCUCUGAACCCUUUCGCGUUUUGCGUGCUCUGUAAUCGACCUCGAAUGGCCAACAGUAAUCUCCCCAAAAGAAUCAUCAAGGAAACUCAGCGUCUCCUAAGUGAACCAGCGCCAGGAAUUAGUGCAUCGCCGUCGGAGGACAACAUGCGAUAUUUUAAUGUAAUGAUUCUUGGCCCAACACAGUCUCCAUACGAAGGAGGAGUUUUCAAGUUGGAACUAUUUCUUCCUGAAGAAUAUCCAAUGGCUGCUCCCAAGGUCCGAUUUCUGACCAAAAUAUAUCAUCCUAACAUUGACAAGCUUGGAAGGAUAUGCCUUGAUAUUCUGAAAGACAAAUGGAGCCCUGCUCUCCAAAUAAGAACUGUACUUUUGAGCAUUCAAGCACUUCUGAGUGCUCCAAACCCUGACGAUCCGCUUUCUGAAAACAUUGCUAAGCAUUGGAAAACGAACGAGGUUGAAGCUGUUGAAACAGCAAAGGAGUGGACUCGUUUAUAUGCAAGUGGUGCCUGAUGACAUGGCGGAAAGUUUUGCUUCCCCAAAAUGACAAUUAAUGAAUUGUAUGCUAUUCACUGUCAAAUUUUAAAUGAAAUUUGGAACAAUUGAUCUUUGAACGAUCGUUAUUGAAUAUUCUCUGAGCUUCUAGUUGCCGCUUGUUAAUUGUUUUCCCCUAAAUGAAGCCUUGUGGAACUUGUAUAAUAUGUUGGGCCAUUAAUUUGGCAAAAUAUUAUAUAUAAUCAUCACUUUUAGGUUGCUUUGGCUAA